AGGUUUUUUUUUUUUUGGCAAGAUGGCGACGGCGUGUAUAACUGAAUGGGCGACGCGGAGUGGAAAACUGUAAAAAAAUGUUCCCCGUACUUUUACAGGAUCCUCCUUUUUAAUGUAUUCCCCGUCGAGACUCGCUAAAAAAACUGAAAUCAACUAGGAUGGUUAUAUCAUGACACAGAGCAAAAAGAAGAAACGGGUGAAUCGCAGUCUUCUGCUGGCCAAGAAAAUCAUCAUCAAGGAUGGCGGAACGCCACAGGGUUUUGGGUCCCCCAGUGUUUACCAUGCUGUCAUCGUCAUAUUUUUAGAGUUCUUUGCUUGGGGAUUGUUGACUGCACCCACACUGGUGGUUCUUCAUGAAACAUUUCCGAAGCACACGUUUUUGAUGAAUGGCCUUAUACAGGGAGUUAAGGGUUUGCUGUCGUUUCUGAGCGCCCCUCUGAUCGGCGCUCUGUCUGAUGUCUGGGGCAGGAAGUCAUUUCUCCUCCUCACUGUUUUCUUCACGUGUGCUCCCAUCCCUCUGAUGAAGAUUAGCCCAUGGUGGUAUUUUGCUGUUAUUUCUGUGUCGGGAGUGUUUGCUGUGACAUUCUCAGUGGUUUUUGCAUAUGUGGCCGACAUCACGCAGGAGCAUGAACGCAGUAUGGCAUACGGCCUGGUUUCAGCCACGUUUGCGGCAAGCCUGGUGACCAGCCCAGCCAUUGGUGCCUACCUCAGCCGAGCGUACGGAGACAGUCUGGUAGUGGUUUUAGCAUCAGCAAUCGCCAUGCUGGAUAUCUGCUUCAUCCUGGUGGCUGUUCCUGAAUCGCUGCCAGAGAAAAUGAGACCGGCGUCGUGGGGAGCGCCGAUCUCCUGGGAACAGGCUGACCCUUUUGCUUCCCUGAAGAAGGUGGGUCAGGACUCGACGGUGCUCCUCAUCUGUAUUACAGUAUUCCUGUCGUACCUCCCUGAGGCUGGCCAGUACUCCAGCUUCUUUCUCUACCUGCGACAGAUAAUGGGCUUUUCAUCAGAAAGUGUUGCUGCUUUCAUAGCUGUACUAGGAUUACUUUCAAUUGUUGCACAGACUGUAGUGUUAAGUUUACUAAUGCGUUCUAUUGGGAACAAGAAUACAAUCCUGCUGGGUUUGGGCUUCCAGAUCCUCCAACUGGCGUGGUACGGGUUCGGUUCAGAGCCGUGGAUGAUGUGGGCUGCGGGUGCCGUAGCGGCCAUGUCCAGCAUCACCUUCCCCGCUGUUAGUGCACUAGUGUCCCGCACUGCAGACCCAGACCAGCAAGGUGUAGGUCAGGGAAUGAUAACGGGGAUUCGUGGUCUGUGUAACGGACUCGGCCCGGCUCUCUAUGGCUUCAUCUUCUACAUCUUUCACGUGGAGCUGGAUGAGGUUCCUGAUGGAGGUGAAGAUAUUGAGCAUCACACUGAGCUCCAUCAGCAGAGUGCUAUAAUCCCUGGUCCUCCAUUUCUUUUCGGAGCAUGCUCAGUGCUGCUGGCGCUCCUCGUGGCUUUGUUCAUCCCUGAACACACACAGCUGGGUAGCAGAGCGGGCAGCUGGAAGAAACACGCCUCGCCUCACGGGCACCAGCACAGCGCUCAGCCUCCAGAGGCCAAGGAGCCACUGCUGCAGGACACCAACGUGUGAAAGAAAACCCUGAACCAGAGACGUGACAAAUGCCAAUCUAUAUCAAACCCAGAGCUUUUUAAAAAAAAAAAACAAACAAACAAAAAAAAACAAAAACAAAACGUGUAUAUAGAGGAACAUAUAUUUAAUGACGGUUCUGUCCAGUGGCACCGUUGCAGUGGCUUGUAUUUAUUCAUUUUAUAGUUCUUUAUCUUUUGCUGAUCUUUCUUUCUUUUUUUUUUUUUUGUCUUUUUUUCUUCUUAAAGUUGCAUUCCCAUUUUGGACAGGGCUCACUCAGGGACACGAAGCUCGGUCAGGAGCGUUUCUGAACGCAGCAUGCUAACCCAUACUCACCUCACAUUAAUGGAAUAGUUCAGUGAAAAAAGUCACAUGUACCCAGUGUUUCUCUCUGUUUAUUGAGUUGGAAUCAGGGUAUAAUUGAUUCUUUUGGUUCAUUUGCUAUUUGGUUUGGUUUGCACAUAAUUAAAAGAACCAAACAGCAAAAACAAAAUGCUGUCUGAAAUGUAAGUAGGAUUGAAAACGUCCUCAUAAAACUCUUUCACUCGUUGUUCAGAAAAUACUGUUAGGGGAAAAUUAAACCUUUAUUAAAUCCGUGUGGAAAUCACAAAAAUCGCCUGAGCAUGGAGAACACAGCCAAUCCUAAAUAAAUUAUUUGAUAAUUAUACAGUAUAAAUAACCAAUUUAAUAUAUUUCUCUUUUUGUUUUGUCAAUCUUACAGCUCUGUCCUUUGGCUCAGUUUAGCAGCUGACAUCUAUUAAAAAAAAAAAAAAAAAAAAAAAAGCUUCAACCCAAAAACGUCAUGUUUGAUUCAGAAUCGAAUUGCUUUCUCACCAGAGUUCAGUUGGAAGCGGGCUGAGAACACCCUGCUCUGACUGUGUGAUCGCUGUGAUCGCUUGACCAAGAUGGCCGCCCCAGAGAGAGCAGGGUUCAGCUACACAGAAGUUUGGUUAAGCUUAUAAGUUUUACUGUUUAAAUUAUAUAUAAAGUGCUAGAUUUGAUGCUUAGUCCAAUUUAAUCUGGAUGUAAUUUGAGGCGAAUAUUUACACAAGAGGUUUUGGGUGACGUUGUAUUAUAUUAAAUGAUGGCUACAUUAUCCUUUUAAACUCAAGCAGCAAACACGUCUUAUCUGAUCGACUACAUUAGGUGUAAGAGAGACAUUGUGUGCAUUAGAUUUUUUUGCCAAAAAUUUUUUCUUUCCUUUAAUGUCAGGUGUAAACAGAUCAGCUGUUUUGACGUCUAUAAAAUUCCUUACACAACUUUUCCAGCUCAACUUCAGUGUGAAAGAGAAGCUUCCACAUCUUCAGUUUCAUUUUACAGCUGAUUUAUCCACACAGCUGCAUGUGUGUUAUUCAUACCACUUCAGAGUUAUUGGUGCCUUCGCUCACUUUUAUUUAUUUUUUUUCUCAGUCCCACACACUGCACGUUUUGUGUUUCUCCUCCUGUAAUACACUUGGUUGAACUCACUUGAUGAUGAUGAUGAGAAGAGUUCAGCAUAUCAGAGCAGGAAGCACUAACAUGCAGAGCUUUAGGAAUGUUGUGGACGGGACUGGAGUCUGUAUGUAUGAAGUGUUCACAUUUAGGAGGUGCAGGAGCUCAGUGAGCAGAGGAAUUUCAGUGGCCUUGUAUACUUUUCAGGUUUUUUUUUUUUAAGACAAAAACAUUUUGACCAAAUAAAGUACAAGUUUUUAUUGAAAUGAUGAAUGAUGGCAGGUGGGAAUUAGCCGUGUUCUGGUUAUUUAUGAUUUCCGCAUGCUUUUCUAUGUUCUCGCGUCAUGUUUUGCUGCCUUUUAUUAUUAAUUUUAACAUACAGUAAAACUGUAAUCAGCUAAGUGUGUAAAUAUGACAUGACGUAUACUAAAACAUUUCAAUAAAAGUAUUUUUGACAUUCAAA